AUGGGUCGCUUCGCCGACGAUAAGGAUCGAAGAGUCCCCAUUCUCAAUGUAGUCAACUGGUUCCUGCUUGUUGUCGCCAUCGUCAGCGUCCUCACCAGACUGGGCAGGAAGUUAUGGAUGUACCAUCGCUUCACGAGCGAUGACUAUUUGAUUGUCAUCUCCCUGAUGUUCUGUAUCGGAGAAUCGAUUACCCUGUCAAUCGCCGUGCAGAACGGGUAUGGCACCCAUCAAGCUACGAUUGACGAAGAGCAUUUUCUCUCAAUCUUAAAGUGUCAGUACGCGGGAUUUUUGUUGCACAUCCUAAGCCUAUACUUUUCAAAACUAUCACUAUCCGCCUUUAUUCGCAACCUCACCCCGGUCUCCCGGGACCACUUUCAUGCUACCAUCCUGCAGAUCCUCCUGACUGUUUGGGUCGUCGUCGCACUCUUCGGUAGUGCCUUCCAGUGCCAAGUCCCUCACACCUGGGAUACGCGCGGGAAAUGCUAUGAUCUCAACGCGUGGUGGUAUUACUUCUGUGCUUCUAACAUCGUGACCGAUGUCUUCAUUAUGGGACAGGCGCUGGUGCUGAUCAGUCGCAUCCAAGCGUCGCUGAAGAAAAAGACCGUGUUUGCCCUAAUCUUCCUGUCCCGGAUUUUAGUCGUUCUCCCAGUGAUCGCGCAAUUGGUUCUGACGCAGGACAUCGCAAGCUCCACCGAUCGAACUUUUGAUGACUACGGAGUGACUCUGGCGGCCCAGACAGUGCAAUGUGCCAGCAUCGUGACCGCUUGCUGGGGGCAACUAAAACCGUUCCUGAACCAGCUCAAGUCAAACGGACAGCGCAUCCCGGGGGUGGAAUAUCAGCCCUCGACCGGCAAGGCCUCCUAUCCCCGGUCCGAGGAACGUGAUAACCAGUCACGGAGCGCGGUGGGGAGCAGCCACCAGCACCGCGAGAAUCAUCAUGAGCUUGUCCCCAUUGCCUCCGGUCAAGGGAAUAUGACCACAAUCUCGGCCUCGCGCGCUUGGGAUGCAGAUAGCCAGUCGAGUCAGGCUGGAAUGAUCCGCGAGACCCGGACGUGGAACGUCAGCGCAGCUCGACGUAGUGAGCGGAGUGAUAGCUUGUAA